AUGGAUUCCGAUUUCGGCAUUCCUAGAGAACUUUCUGAUCUUCAAAUACUCCGAUCUCUUUACCAACCGGAACUUCCUCCCUGUCUUCAGGGAACUACGGUGAGGGUAGAAUUUGGUGAUACAACCACUGCCUCAGACCCGGCCGAUGUACAGAACAUAAGCCGAUCCUUUCCCCACACUUAUGGUCAGCCUUUGGCUCACUUCCUCAGGGCAACUGCUAAAGUACCUGAUGCUCAUAUUAUAACUGACCAUCCAGCUGUCAGGGUAGGAAUAGUGUUUUGUGGGAGACAAUCUCCUGGAGGACAUAAUGUCAUAUGGGGUCUUCACAACGCUCUUAAAAUCCAUAACCCUAAAAACACUUUAUUUGGAUUUCUAGGAGGUUCUGAAGGUUUAUUCGCUCAGAAAACACUGGAAAUUACAGAUGACAUUCUUUCGACCUACAAAAAUCAAGGUGGUUAUGAUUUGCUGGGACGGACAAAAGAUCAAAUAAGAACAACUGAACAGGUAAAUGCUGCACUAACUGCAUGCAAAGAUCUGAAAUUGGAUGGCCUUGUUAUCAUUGGAGGAGUUACAUCAAAUACAGAUGCUGCUCAGCUUGCUGAAACAUUUGCUGUGGCAAAAUGCCCAACAAAGGUGGUUGGAGUUCCUGUUACUUUAAAUGGAGAUCUCAAAAAUCAAUUUGUUGAAACCAAUGUUGGUUUUGAUACCAUAUGCAAGGUUAAUUCCCAGCUCAUCAGCAAUGUCUGCACUGAUGCUCUCUCUGCAGAGAAGUAUUAUUAUUUCAUCCGGCUCAUGGGCCGAAAGGCAUCUCAUGUUGCUUUGGAAUGCACACUUCAGUCUCAUCCAAAUAUGGUUAUUCUUGGUGAGGAGGUGGCUGCAUCAAAGCUUACUCUUUUUGACUUGACAACACAAAUUUGUGAUGCAGUCCAAGCCCGGGCAGAGCAAGACAAGAAUCAUGGAGUUAUUCUACUGCCAGAGGGACUCAUAGAAAGCAUUCCAGAGGUCUAUGCUCUCUUGAAGGAAAUACACAGUUUACUCAGGCAAUGUGUUGCUCCUGACAACAUUUCAUCACAGCUUUCACCAUGGGCAUCUGCUUUGUUUGAAUUUUUGCCACAAUUUAUUAAGAAACAGCUGCUUCUUCGUCCUGAAUCAGAUGACUCAGCACAAUUAUCCCAGAUUGAAACAGAGAAACUUCUAGCACAUCUUGUGGAGACAGAAAUGAACAAGCGGCUGAAAGAAGGCACAUACAAGGGGAAAAAGUUCAAUGCCAUCUGCCACUUUUUUGGUUAUCAGGCCCGAGGGUCUUUACCAUCGAAAUUCGAUUGUGACUAUGCAUAUGUUCUUGGGCACAUCAGCUACCAUAUUUUAGCAGCUGGUUUGAAUGGCUACAUGGCCACUGUAACUAACCUAAAGAAUCCUUUGAACAAGUGGCGUUGUGGUGCUGCUCCAAUUACAGCAAUGAUGACAGUGAAGCGUUGGGCUCAAAGUCCUGGUGCAUCUUCAAUUGGAAAACCUGCUAUUCAUCCAGCCACUGUGGAUUUGAAAGGCAAAGCAUACGAGCUGCUGAGACAAAAUGCAGGGAGGUUUUGGAUGGAAGAUCUGUACAGAAAUCCAGGUCCCCUUCAGUUUGAUGGUCCUGGUUCGGAUUCUAAGGCUGUAUCUCUGUGUGUUGAAGACCAGGAUUAUAUGGGGCGGAUCAAGAAACUGCAGGAAUACCUUGACAAGGUAAGGAACAUCGUGAAACCAGGGUGCUCUCAGGAUGUUCUGAAAGCUGCUUUGAGUGUCAUGUCUUCUGUGACAGAUGUUCUCUCUGUGAUGUCUUCUGCUCCAUCCAAUGGCCAGUCUCCUCUUUAA